AUGUCAAGUGUGGGACAGGGGUUUUAUUGGGAUCUCAUAAUGCUGUUCCUGAUGGUGGGGAAUUUGAUCAUCCUGCCUGUGGGCAUCACCUUCUUCAAGGAUGAAAACACCCCACCCUGGAUCGUUUUCAACGUGCUUUCGGACACUUUCUUCUUGGCUGAUCUGGUGCUGAACUUCCGGACAGGCAUCGUGGUGGAGGACAACACAGAGAUCAUCCUUGACCCUCACACCAUCAAAAUGAAGUACUUGAAGAGCUGGUUCCUGGUUGACUUUAUUUCCUCCAUCCCAGUUGAUUACAUCUUCCUCAUCGUUGACCUGGAGACCCAGGUGGAUUCUGAUGUCUACAAGACAGCUCGGGCCUUGCGCAUCGUCCGCUUCACCAAGAUCCUUAGCCUGCUGCGCCUGCUGCGCCUCUCACGCCUCAUCCGCUACAUCCACCAAUGGGAGGAGAUCUUCCAUAUGACAUAUGACCUGGCCAGUGCUGUAGUGAGGAUCUUCAACCUCAUUGGCAUGAUGCUGCUGCUGUGUCACUGGGAUGGCUGCCUCCAGUUCCUGGUGCCCAUGUUGCAAGACUUCCCAGAGGACUGCUGGGUCUACAUCAACCACAUGGUGAACGACUCCUGGGGGAAGCAGUACUCGCACGCCCUCUUCAAGGCCAUGAGCCACAUGCUGUGCAUUGGCUAUGGGCAGCAGGCACCCAAGGGCAUGACCGACGUCUGGCUCACCAUGCUGAGCAUGAUUGUGGGGGCCACCUGCUAUGCCAUGUUCAUCGGCCACGCCACUGCCCUCAUCCAGUCCCUGGACUCGUCCCGGCGCCAGUACCAGGAGAAGUACAAGCAAGUGGAGCAGUACAUGUCAUUCCACAAGCUGCCUGGGGACACACGCCAGCGGAUCCACGAGUACUAUGAGCACCGCUACCAGGGCAAGAUGUUUGACGAGGAGAACAUCCUGGGGGAGCUCAGCGAGCCACUCAAAGAGGAAAUCAUCAACUUCAACUGCCGCAACCUGGUGGCCAACAUGCCUCUGUUUGCCAACGCAGACCCCAACUUUGUGACCGCCAUGCUGACCAAGCUGCGCUUUGAGGUCUUCCAGCCUGGGGACUUCAUCAUCCGUGAGGGCACUGUGGGCAAAAAGAUGUACUUCAUCCAGCAUGGGGUGGUCAGCAUCCUCACCAAAGGCAACAAGGAGACAAAGCUGUCUGAUGGCUCCUACUUCGGGGAAAUCUGCCUGCUGACACGGGGCAGGCGAACAGCCAGCGUGCGAGCUGACACCUACUGCCGCCUCUACUCCUUGUCGGUGGAUAAUUUCAACGAGGUGCUGGAGGAGUAUCCCAUGAUGCGCCGGGCCUUCGAAACAGUGGCCAUGGACCGGCUGGACCGCCUAGGGAAGAAGAACUCUAUCUUGCUCCGCAAGCGAGCUGAGCACAGCACAGGGCCCAUGAACAAUGAGAUGAUCCAGCAGAUCGUGAAGCACGACCAGGACAUGGCCCACAACAUCCAGGACCUGCAGCAGAUGGCGAUGGGCCGGGAGCUGAGUGGCAAGCCGGUGAUCUGGGAGCCACUGGUGCAUCCCCAGCAGCUGGUGAAGCACAGGAGCAUCCAGGGCCUGCCGGUGGGGCGGCUCACCCAGGACGUCCGGCUCCUCUCUGCCUCCCAUCCCUCUCUUCCCAAUAAAGUGGCCCAGCAAGGCGAUGGGAGCUCCUUGCAGCAGGGCAGGAAAUCCACUGGGAACCUGGCCCGCAGAUCCUCCCCGUCAGUAGCCGGCCUCCUCACCAAGCCAUGUCCUGGGCUCCCAGGCCAGCCAGCACACUCGCAGCAGAUGCCUUCAGGAUCACUGGUUCAACCCAGCCGUUCCGUGGCUGCAGCAUCCACCCCGCAGUCCCCAGUCUCCACGUCCAGGCAGGCAGCAGGUCCCUCCCGCAAGGGCUCUGUGGCCUUCAGCCCUGAAGUGGAAACGGGGAAGCCCAAACUCCCAUCCAACAUGUGA